AUGCUUUGUUCUAUGAAGACCACAAAGGAAGAGCUACAAAACGUAUGUUCUGACUUCGGCGUUUUCACUGACAUCAUACUCCCUCCCUCCAAGAAGAUGCCCAAACGCAUUGCCGGCUUUGCUUUUGUUCAGUUCAAGACGAGAGAAGCUGCUGAGAAAGCCAAAGAUUAUUUUAACUCCAAUAAGUUCCACGGACGGAUGGUAGCCGCCGAUUGGGCACUACCAAAGGAUACGUAUGAGACGGCAGCGCAGGAAGAACGGGAACAGCUGAAGAAGAAGGUCAAAUUGGAGCAGGGCGAGGACGAUGCGAAUUUAAAGGAAGAGAAGCCAGAAUUGUCAAAGACGAAGAAAUUUGAGAAACCUUCUGUGAGCACUCUGAAUAGUGAUGAUGAAGGUGGAGAGGAUGAUGAAGAAAUGAGCGACGAAGAAGUCGAUGCGGAAAGUGAUAGUGAUGAAGUGGAGUCUGGAAGUGAAGGUGAUGAUGAUCAUGGGAACAGAAAAGAAGAGGAUGAAGAGGAAUCUGAGGAGGAGAGCGACGAAGAUAGAGGAGAGAACAAAAAGGAUUCAGCAAUAGAUGAAAAUCGUGUUGUGUUUUUGAGAAACCUCUCAUUUGAUACCACCAACGAGACUUUGAGAGCUGAAAUGGAGCAAUUUGGUGAAGUGAAGCUUGCGUUAUGCUGUAAAUUUCGCGAUAGCGGGCAUCCCAAAGGUACAGCUUUUGUGCACUUCAGCACAUCCGCAGAGGCGAGAGCAUGCUUGGAAGCUACUGAAAGAGGGCUGGAGAUUGAUGGCCGACAAAUCAGCGGGUCUCUAGCCAUUCAAAGAGAAAAUGCAGCUGAAAUCCAGAAGCGAAAGAGUGUUAAGGUUUAG